AUGGAUAUAGAUCCUGAAUAUGACCAGUCGAUAUGGAUAGACUUCAAUUGUGAGAGCCCACAUUCUCUAGAACUGGAGUUUCAAGGGGUGCAUCGGGGUAACGAGUUUAGACUGAAGGGGAAGAAGAAUGAUAACAACUCAAUCUCAUUGUCCCUGAGAAUUGCAGACAAGGGUGGUAAGUGGCUAGCUCUAAUUUAUUCUGCUCAGUUUUCACUAUAUCAAAGUAGCAGUGUUCGAUCUUCCUGUUUACAAUGGAGGCCGAGUGAGGAAUAUACAAAUCUAUUCGACCCUGAUUCAGACGCUGCUCUCGCAGUUGCAGCUGAGAUGGUUGAGCAAUUGGAAUUAGCAGAUCACGAUUUAGUGUUCAUUGCCGGCUUCAUUGACUACCUCAUAAUGAGAAUUUUACCCAACUGGAGGCCUUCAUCUGAUUGUCAUUCCACUGGAGAAAGAAAUGCUAUUGGCUUAACCUUGAUGGAAAAUCAAUGGGGGAUGUCCUUGGCAGAUUCUCUGGCCAACUUCGAGCUUGACCAACACGUGUCUGAGUAUCAUAAAGAAACUCAAAUUUGCGUACCGUAUGAUGCGAAACAUGAAGAGUCACAAGGAUCAGUGACUUCUGAGGUUAUUCUUGAAGAUAUCUCAAAGAAGAAUGUGAACAUUCACCGAUGGGUUGAUUAUGGUUGUGAUGCAUCUUUCGGAUACUCUCAUGAUGGGAUUUGGCUUCUUUUGUAG